CAACAAACAACCAAAAAUCCCAGCAAUGGCAUUCAAGUUGGUCGCCUUCCUCGCCACCCUGGCCGUCGCCCAGGCCGGUCUCCUGGACGCUCCCGGACACCUCGCCUACUCCGGCGGACACUACGGCGGACACUACGGUGGACACUACGAUCACGGCCUGGCCUACAGCCACUCCGUCCACGCCGCCCCGGUUGUGCACGCCGCCCCAGUGGUGGCCCACCACGCCCCAGUCGUUCACGCCGCCCCCGUGUCCUACGCCCACUCCUACGCCGCCCCCCACAACUACGCCUACGGCUCCCAGCACCACACCGUCCUCCGCAGCCAUCUGGGCGCCACCGCCGCCGUCUACGGCAAGCACGUCGAGUCUCCCUACUCGCACGUCUCCAAGUACGUGAGCCGCGUGGACACCCCUCACGUUGUGGCCCACCACGCCCCGGCCGUCGUUGCGCACGCCGCCCCCGUUGUGGCUAAGACCUACGCCGCCCCAGUGGUCGCCCACCACGCCCCGGCCGUGUACUCCCACGCCCACGUUGCGCAUCACGCCCCAGCCCUGUAUGCUGGACACGUUGCCCACCACGCCCCCGCCGUGUACGCCGCCCCCCACGCCGUGCACUACUCCCCCGCCCACGCCGUGAGCCACGCCAGCUUCCACGGUCUGGGUGCCGCCUACGGAUGGUAA